CAGCGGCCUGUUGGGGAGAAGGACGCUUGCUUGGGGAUCGCUUCGGAGUGCAGACCGGAACGCUGGAACCCUGGUUUACCGUUCUAAGCCCCUCUACCUCGUUGACUGCUUCUAACGUUUCUGACAGGUGACGCAAGCCACGAGGCCCUUGGAGACUUUCUGUCCUUGAAGCUUCUCGACUUCAACAUCAACGAAGAGGCACCUCAAGUGAUCCCCUGAGUCCUUCAUGAUCUUACGAGACUCUUUACGAACCUGACUGCUGGCAGCUAUUCAUAUGGAGCUGAUGCCAUCCUCGUGUCAUAGUGAUGGAGCAGCACCAUUGGGAGAGUCCUGCUGCCCACUGAAAGCCACUGAGGACAUCUGGUUUAUAUGCUGUUUCUGCACCUAUAUCACCAAAGAUCAGCAUGCAAUCGUGAGCCACCUGGUUACCCACGAUGAUGAAGAAUUCAACUGCCAGCAUCCUCCCAUGUCCUCUGACUCCAGGCCCAAAGUGCAUAGUAACACUCAGCACACAGGUGAUAAGUUGUUAGAGUGCAACCUGUAUCCUCAUGCCUUUGCUCAGAAAAACAAUCCGAUUGACCUCAUUCCAAUAGGCAUAGCUAAAAAGCCAUACAAGUGCAAGCUGUGUCCGCAAGCCUUUACUCUGUAUUGUGAUCUGGUAAGCCAUAAUCAAACACACAAGGGGGAAAAACCUUACAAGUGCAAGCUGUGCCCCCAAGCCUUUGCUCGGAAUGGUAAUCUGGUAAGCCAUAAUCGGACACACACUGGGGAGAAACCUUUCAAGUGCAAGCUGUGCCCCCGAGCCUUCGCUCGGAAUUCCUUUUUGAGGGUCCAUAAUCGAACACACACUGGUGAAAAACCUUAUAAGUGCAAGCUGUGUCCCAAAGCCUUCUCUCAGAAUUGCCAUCUGACAUACCAUAGUCGAACACACAGUGGUGAAAAACCUUACAAGUGCAAGGAGUGCCUCCGAGCUUUUGUUGACAAUAGCAAUUUGCUACGCCAUAAACGAACACAUGAUUGUGAGAAACCUGAAGUACAAGCUGUGUUCCCAAGCCUUUGUGUGGAAUUACCAGAUGACCUGCAAUGAUCGAGCACACAAGUGAAAAACCUAAAGUGCAAGCUGGGUAAUACUUUUGCUCUUGGUUCAAGUUCCUUUCCACUUGCUCGAGAUGUGCUCCUUUGAAGUGUGGUUUAAUGAGUUUGUAAAAAUGCCUUAGUGUUUUAUUACUUACUCCUAUCUAUGUAGAUGUAACCUUGCAAAAAAAACAUGUGACUAGAACUUGGUUUUACUGUUUUGCUAUAGAAAGAAAAAGGCUGGCAGUUUCAACUUUCAGACUAGUUUCUAUCAGCUGUUGCAGGUUUUGCUACUGAAGUGUGUGUGGACUUAGAGUCAUCUUUUUAGAGGUUUAUAUUUUGACGUCCUGUACCAUGCUAUUAUCUCAAUUUAGCAGUUAGCUUAGCGUGUAUGCAUCACAGCACUUUAAACACCCCCUCUCCUCAGCAGGUUUUGCAAUAAAGUGACAUUUUACCAAUUUUUAAUAUAGCUUGAGAUGCCUUUUCAUGACUGCAUUGAUGAAUGGUGCAGUGAACGUGGAACUGACGUUAAAAUGCUCAAAGUAUCUUCGCCUUCCAUUUCUGCACUGGGAUCUCUGUUACCAUGCGUCGCACGACGAACCAAAUCGCUAUUUUUGUCCGCGGAUCGUGUACCACGUGACCGUCACACCAUUGAUUCCUACGAUCAGCGCCUCGUCCGCGGACGCGCGGACUGAUAAAGUUGAGCUCCUUUUCACUCGCAGAUUUUAGGCAGGAGAUUGACUUGAAAAGCGUUUAUUCUGGAAACGGUGUAAUGUUUUCUAGGUAUUUUUGUUUUGGACGGUCAAACAAAAGUGACGCAUCGUUGUUUUGUCUGUUCACUGGUUCGUUUUGUCGCACGAUUCUUGAUUCCACGCGUGAAAGAAACUUCAGAAACUUCCGGCUGGUGCGAUGCAGGUUCUGGUACUCCUCUGGGGCUGUGUCAAGAAGCUCCUGUCAAAACUCGUUUAGCACGCCGCAACAGUUGCACGUCCAAUCAGGCUCACCAAGCGAGACAUUUCUUGUGGCUGUAAAGUACUUGAGUGAUCAGGACCGUAUAUUGGGAGAGUCUGGCCAGUGGAUGUAACGACGAAGGUGCGGGAGAAAAGAAAAGUGAAGGAAAGGGAGGAGAGCGCCAAAAAGGCAAGAGAGAAAGAAGGGAGCAGGGACGGACCGCCAUUUUGACGCAACGCUGUUGGCGCAGAGCACUGUUGAGGCCGUGCUCCGUCUGCUACAGGCUGACUUCUUUUUCACCCGAAUAAAAGUUUGUAGCUAGUUGUGUUAAAAAAACUUAAUUUCUUAGCCUUUUAACCCAUCGAGGAUUACCAGCAUAUCAUUUUCUUGCCAGAGCCAGCGAUAUAAAAGUAAAUAACUGCCGAUCCCAUGCAUUGCAUUCCACCGGCCGAGUGAAUGAAAAUGGCGGCCCUCCCUGCUCAGCUGGGAGCUGCCAACAUUACCUAAACAGCUUUCAAGCCUGCGCGUCACGUGACAAGACGUCACGUCCGAGAGGUCAACACGGGCGCUGAUUGGAUGCGAGUGUCGCGUCAGCGCGUGAGACUAUAGCCUCGUUUACAUGAAAACGACUUCAGCGCAUCGACUCCACUCAUUCUUUGAACGAAGCCGAUGCAGUAAUGUUUACAUGAAUGCGCACCGACCCCUACACCAGGGGUUCCCAAACUGGGUUCCGGGGAACACGGGUUCCACGAGGUGGUCUCAUGGGUUCCGCGAACACCCAAAUUGCUAUCCCCCCCCCCAUGCCGCAGACUGCCCGGCAGGACCAUGCAAAGCACCUUCAUCUCACUUUGUACUGACAUUGUGAUUGAUAUGAUGGGGAUAUGUGGGAAGCAACACAAGCAAAAUUGCCUGCAAUUGUGCGUCUGUUGCUUCUCGGUCGGCAAAUAUGGAGGGGGAAGGGGGUUCUGCGGCAGUUUUUGAGGCUUCCUGGAGUUUUGCGAUGCCAAAAUGUUUGAGAACCCCUGCCCUACACGAAGGUGGCGUCACGCCGUGUCAAAGCUCGAAGUUGUGCACUUCCGGCACCAGCCGCACCACGUUUUACGGUGCGUCGCAUUUGGAGGCCUUUCGACGCGUUCAGUGAACGUAAAAAUCGUGCCCGCUCUCUUCGGUGCUGUGGAAGAAUUUACGAAA